AUGGAACGCGGUCACAGCCCAAAACGGCGCAAGCUCGACCCUGAGGAAUACUCCAUCGCGCCCCGUCCCAAGUUUCGCAAGCCCAAUCAGCCUGCCUCUGCACGGCAUACAAACUCGCGCGAUAAUGGCGCAAACCCAUCGCAGCGGCCUUUGGAAGGGUCAGAACCUCUGGUGGAGGAUUUUGAUUCUAUGGCGCUGGAUCGCGACUGGUACGGCGGUGAGGAGAACGGACACACCUUCGGAGACGAUACCCACAACCCCUUUGGUGGUGCCGAGAGCACAUGGCUGGAUGCACAACGGGAGGCUGCUAUGACGGAGAAGAAACAGAACAACCGAGCAAGUAUGCGCGCGCAGCAGAAGCAGAAGGAUGUAGAUGCUUGGGAAACCAACCGCAUGUUGCAGUCUGGAGUGGCCCAAAGGAGACAUCUUGACGACGACUUCGACGACGAGGAGGACGCGAUGCGGGUGCAUAUUCUUGUGCACGAUUUGAAGCCCCCGUUUCUGGACGGAAAGACUGUCUUCACCAAGCAAAUCGACCCCGUUCCGGCCGUCCGCGAUCCGCAGAGCGAUAUGGCCGUUUUCAGUCGGCGUGGUAGUCGCGUUGUAAAGGAGAAACGUCAACAGAAAGAGCGCGCGAAACAGACGCAGGAAGCUACCAGUGCGAAGGGAACAACGCUAGGAAACAUCAUGGGAGUCAAAGAAGAAGACACGGAUAGUGCUGCCCCAGGCCCAGAAGACGAGGAGAAGCAGGGCGGCAGCAAGUUUGCGCAGCAUCUCAGCAAACAAGAGGGUGCGAGUGCUUUCAGUAAGAGCAAGACACUCCGAGAGCAGAGACAGUAUCUUCCGGCCUUCGCUGUCCGAGAAGACCUCCUACGCGUGAUACGAGACAACCAAGUCGUUAUUGUGGUCGGUCAGACGGGUUCUGGAAAGACGACCCAACUGACCCAGUUCCUUUUUGAGGACGGGUACGCAAAGCAAGGGCUGAUCGGAUGUACGCAGCCUCGUCGUGUCGCAGCCAUGAGUGUUGCGAAACGUGUGAGUGAAGAGAUGGAGGUGAAACUUGGUGGGCAGGUCGGAUAUGCCAUUCGAUUCGAAGACUGCACCAGCAAGGAGACCAAGAUCAAGUACAUGACGGAUGGUGUGUUACUCCGAGAGUCAUUGGUGGAACCGGACCUGGACAAAUACUCCUGCAUCAUCAUGGACGAGGCCCACGAGAGAGCUUUGAACACCGACGUACUGAUGGGACUUCUCAAAAAAGUGCUGGCACGCAGAAGAGACCUCAAAUUAAUCGUCACAUCAGCUACCAUGAACUCGGAACGAUUCUCGCGCUUCUACGGAGGAGCUCCCGAGUUCAUAAUUCCAGGGCGAACAUUUCCCGUUGACAUCCAAUACUCGCGGUCCCCAUGCGAGGACUAUGUCGACAGCGCAGUCAAGCAGGUGCUCGCCAUACAUGUCUCCCAGGGGCCUGGCGAUAUUCUGGUCUUCAUGACGGGUCAGGAAGACAUUGAAAUCACGUGCGAACUGGUCGCUGAAAGGCUGAAACUUCUCAAUGACCCGCCAAAACUCAGUAUUUUACCAAUCUACAGUCAGAUGCCUGCCGAUCUGCAAGCAAAGAUCUUCGACAGAGCAGCCCCCGGCGUACGCAAGGUCAUCGUGGCCACCAACAUUGCAGAAACGAGUUUGACGGUGGACGGCAUCAUGUAUGUGGUGGAUGCUGGAUUUUCUAAGCUCAAGGUUUACAACCCGAAGAUGGGCAUGGACACGCUCCAGAUCACACCUAUCUCACAGGCCAAUGCCUCUCAACGUGCUGGUCGCGCUGGACGUACUGGACCUGGAAAGUGUUUCCAUUUGUACACUGAGAGAGCUUUUAGGGAUGAAUUCUACAUCCAGACCAUCCCAGAGAUUCAACGAACAAACCUUGCCAACACGGUCCUUCUCCUCAAAUCCCUCGGCGUGCGAGAUCUGCUAGACUUCGACUUCAUGGACCCGCCACCCCAAGACACAAUAACAACCUCUCUCUUCGAUCUCUGGGCCCUCGGCGCCCUCGACAACAUCGGCAACCUCACUGAACUCGGCCGCACCAUGACCGCUUUCCCCAUGGACCCCUCGCUCGCCAAACUCAUCAUCACUGCCACAGAAAUGGAAUGCAGCGAAGAAAUGCUUACAAUUGUCGCCAUGCUCUCGGUUCCCUCAGUCUUCUACCGCCCCAAAGAGCGCCAAGAAGAAUCCGACGCCGCGCGCGAGAAGUUCUUCGUCCCAGAGUCUGACCACCUCACCCUCCUCCACGUAUACACGCAAUGGAAAGUAAACGGCUACUCCGACGGCUGGUGCAUCCGCCACUUCCUGCACCCCAAAGCGCUGCGCCGCGCAAAGGAAAUCCGCGACCAGAUCUACGACAUCAUGUCCAAGCAGAAGAUGAAGCUCGUCUCGUGUGGUACCGAUUGGGAUGUCAUCCGUAAAUGCAUCUGCUCUGGCUACUAUCACCAAGCCGCCAAGGUGAAAGGUAUAGGCGAGUACAUCAACCUGCGUACGAGCGUCACCAUUCAACUCCACCCCACAUCUGCACUGUACGGUCUGGGCUACUUGCCCGAUUACGUCGUAUACCACGAACUCAUCCUCACAAGUAAAGAAUACAUGUCCUGUGUCACAUCUGUAGAUCCGCACUGGCUCGCAGACAUGGGCGCAGUCUUCUACAGUAUCAAAGAAAAAGGAUACUCGGCAAGGGACAAGCGUAUCAUGGAAACGGAAUUCAACAGGAAAGCUGAGCUGGAGGCGCAAAUGGCGGUUGACAAGGCUAAUGAGGAUAGGAGGAUUGCGGAGGAGGAGAAUGGGCCUGUGGUUAAGAAGGCGGGUGUGGUGAAGAAGAAAGAGGCUGAUGUGGAGGGGGUGGUUAAGAGACCGGUUGUUGGGAAGAAGAAGUUUGGAAGGAGGUAG